AUGGACGCUGAUCGCACUCCUGUUGCAAAGAUAUGGCCCGUAGAGUUCUGGUCUAAGCACGACGUAUCCGUCUGGCUCAGCUCCAUAGACAUGAAGAAGUACAAUCAGCAACUUCGCAAGCACGACGUCUGCGGACGCUCCCUGAUGCUUCUCACCGAGGAUGAUCUGAAGCAAAUGGGGAUCGACAGCCUGGGCGAUCGUAAGGCCCUUCUAUAUGAGAUCAAGCGCCUAGACAGAUGGGACGGCUUCCUCUGGAGGACGGAGCUCACGGAGGAGAACUCCGGGGAGAUAGUGACGCUUGAACUCAUCAUGUCGCUCGCCCCCAACCACAUGUCCGCAAUCUGCACUGUCCGCAACGCAUCCGGAGCCGAGGAGAUCCCUGCAAUCAAGGUCAAGUGGAUUUUCAGCCAGGGCACAACUUCGGAGCACGACGACGUUAUAGAGAGGUUUAGCACGUGCGCCAUGUACGAUACGAAGCAGUCCCGAUCCAUCAUCAGGCUGCCUUGCCCUGUCAGCGACGCGGAGGUCGAGGUCGAGCUCGCGUAG